AUGAACCGUUAUAUUUGUUCUUUUUUCAUCUUGGGUCUUUUGAUUCUUAUCACCUCUGGUGUCUAUGCUGACUGUAGUCCCUCUCCAAACUGUGGCUGCCCGUCUACACUUUCCUGUAAAUGUCCUUCGACGGACACCGGUGGUCUAUUUUGUGGGUCUGAAUUGACUUGUACUGGAAGCAUUGAAGCUACUCUUGGUCUUAGCGACAUUUGGCAAUGUUCACCUGGUGGUGGCCUCAAUUGUCGUUUUGGUCCUUGCAAUAUUGGCUGUUGUUCAGUAGAGAAUCAAGAUAGCUUCUGUUGCCUGAAAGCCGGUUGUGCUGAUUGCACGGGCACUGCUGUCUUAGCGCAAGGUGGUAUUUAA